CUGGCGCUGACAGUUGUUUUUAUAUUUUUUGAUUUGCAUUUUACCGAAAACACUUUAAUUAUAUAUAUUCAGGUACAAUUAUAAAAGAAACACCAUGUCGAAAAACAUAAUGAGUCAAUUGACUCACCCACAGCGUGUGCGUUUGCUGUACAAAACAAUAUUGAGGCUACAUCGAGGCCUACCCACCGAGCUGCGUGCUUUGGGGGAUAACUACGUACGCGAUGAGUUUAGGCGGCAUCUCAAAUGCAAUCCAAUGGAGGCACAACUGUUUAUGACUGAGUGGGCUCGCUAUGCUUCCACAAUCACAAAACAGCUGGGACUGCGCGGCAAACCAAAGGGUGAAUUAGGGGAGCAACUGGACACACAGUCAGUGGAAAUGCUAAAAGACGAUCAAGUGGUCCAGCUGUACGAGCUGAUGCUGGCUGCCAAGGCACUUCAUGGCGAUACGAUAACAGCAGAUGAUGUGAGGGGCAGUAAUAAAUAAAUGUUUGUUGUUUUUCUU